GAGACGUUUCAGUGGCUCACCUCCACCCCCGCUAUCUUUCAGAAGAGGAAGAGGAACAACCACGCCUUUACCGCGCUCAUUUUGUUACUGAAGUGCGGUCUCCCAAGCAGACGAAUCGCGACUACGAUCUCCAGCAUACAACAACAACAGCACCACCAACGACGAUGAGCACCAGAUCGGGUGGACGGCGCAGCGUCGCGUCAACGAGGGCCGAGCUGUCGGACGCCGAUCUCCGGGCGCGCCUCCUGGAGCUGGGCCAGGCGGUGGGGCCCGUCACGGCCACGACGCGCGGCGUGAUGCUCAGGAAAUUGGCGGCGCUCGAAGCAGGAUCCGCCAAGGCCAAGCCCAGCAGCACCACGACCACCACCAGCACCACCAGCAGCAGCAGCAAGGUGAUCAGGACACGGGGCGGCGACGCGGGCAAUCGGCGAGUUGACGCCUCUAUGUUCAGCUCCGACAGUGACGACGACGACGGCGGUGGUGGCGGCGGUGAUGAUCGAGGAGGGAUAGGACUAGUCGGCAGAAGACUCGGCGGAGAAGGACGACUGCCUGCCCCAAAGAGAACCUCGCUGGGGGUCGGGUUUGUGGCCGGCCGGCCGCGACCCCAAGAUCGGGCCGUGAGGACCGCGACUCGAGAAGUGGGCACGGACCCGCGCAAGAGAGCGGCCUUCAGGAAGGAGGAGGUGGUCUACUCGGACGAUGAUGGUGUUGUCUCCGCCCGUGGCGGUGAGAAUGUUGAUGGAGCAGAAGAGGAAGAGGAGGAGGAAGAGGAGAUGGACACGCGUGAUGAUUUCUACUCUCGAACCGCGCCUGUGUCGGGCCUGGGAUUGUUCCAGUCGGAAUUCGCCCGGCAUUUGGAGGCGGGAGGCGGCCGUCCAAUGCCCACGAAGCCGACCGCAUCUUUCUCUUCAUCGUCCCCGUACGGCAACGGCAGGCGCAGCGGCCUGGACAUAGGUUACCCUUCGUCGUCCUACUACUCUUCCUCAAAACCCUACUCGUCCACAACAGUCGGAGCCGCUCCCGUCUCCGCUCCAACUCGGGAUCUUCUCGCGGGGUUCACCACCACCAGCAGCAGCAGCAGGAUCGGCAGCAGAUACUCGAGCGGCGACUCGGGCGCCCUCCGAAGCAACCCGAUCGCAACCAGCUUGUCGUCGUCCUCGUCCGGCUUGAGACUGCGAGACGGUCUUGGCGGACACGACGAUGUUGCUCGCGGUGGCAUUGGUGGGGGCGGUGAGCAGCACUCAGCCGCACCUCAAGAACUCGACAGACCCAGGCGCAGCCGCUUCGCGGGACUCUCCUCGGGCCGCUCGGACGCGACCGGCAUUGAUGCGCCCACUUCGUCCGGCUACCUCCCGUCGACCUCCAGCUGGUUUUCAUCGCGAGGAGGAGGCGGAGCAGUGGGUAGUGGAGCUGGUAGUGGAGCUGGUAGUGGGUCGAGGGACGUCCCAUUUGCCUCCUCGUACUCCUCGCAGCUCUACUCGAGGAAGAAUUUCGCCUCCCACAACGAGCCGGAUGGCGACAGCGGCCUCGGCAGCGAGGCCUCCUCCUCCAAAUUUGGACGGGGCAGAGCGGAGUUGGGCAACUUCGACUCGUACCCCCGUGGUGGUGGUGGAGGAGGAGGAGGAGAAGGGAGGGUGGAAGCCAAGCGCGAGCCCCUCGUCUCGUCGGCCGCGUUGAGAAAACGCGGAGGCGGAAUGACGGCCAAGAGGGCGCCGACGGUGGCGGCCGACUCGUUCUACGUCCGAUACAAGUCCAACCUGCUGCGCAUCGGCCUGGGCAUGCUGCUGGUGUGGAUGGCCAUCAUCUACCUGCUGACGUGCGGAGAGAACAGCGACGAGUUUAAGGCCCCCUGCGAAACGACGGAAUGUGAAAAGCGAGGUGUCGAUGAGAUCUGCGGAAAGAUGCAUUCUUUGCUCGCCAUUCGUGCAGGUGAAUGUGAUUGUGGGUAUUUGAAGGGUCAGAAAGCUGAAUUGCCUGUUGAAAAGGUGAAGGAGGACCCAGACAUGAAGAGCUACGAUGAAACGGUGUUUCAGAAAGCACUGGAAGCAAUUGUGAAGAAUGAAGCUCGCUUUGGAAUAAAAGUGCGCGGGCUCGAUGCGAACCUGAAGGUGGCGAACGCCUCUGAUGUCAAGUUCCUCGAGUCCAUUCAUCUUCAGCGCUCCUUUGUGUGCCGCCUGCGCAACGCCGUCGUGCAGACCAUCGUCCGUCUGCUGCUCAUCUUCUUGGUGAUCGCCGUCCUCUGGGGGCUCUACCUCUACGCAAAGUUGUGGCUGAAGCAAAAGCGGGAAAGGAAGACGCAGGUGUUCGAGCUUGUGGAAAAGAUCUCAGAGAUGGUUCAGCAGCAGAUGCUCGACAGCCAGACCAACUGGAGGGUGGAGCCCUUCCUCCCCAUCCCACAUGUGCGAGACAGCCUCAUCAAGCCCCAAGACCGGGACCGCAUGCGACCUGUGUGGGAGCAGGCGGUGCAGUUCAUCGACGCCGGCGAGUCACGCAUCCGCACCGAGAACCAGCUGCUGCAUGGGCAGGACUGUGAGGUCUGGCGAUGGACGUCAUUGCCCACGAGCCCAGGAUCGUCGCCCGCCGCGUCCCCGUGACCCGGCCCGGAGCCGCGUGACCCGGCCUGGAGUCACGCGACCCGGCCGUGAAUGGUGUGACCCGACCCGGAGUCAUGUGACCCGGCCCAGAGUUAUGCGACCCGGCCCGGAGCCGCGUGACCCGGCCCGGAGCCGCGUGACCCGGCCCGGAGUGGCAUGACCCGGCCUGGAGUGGCAUGACCCGGCCCGGAGCCGCGUGACCCGGCCCGGAGUUAUGCGACCCGGCCCGGAGCGGCGUGACCCGGCCCGGAGCGGCGUGACCCGGCCCGGAGUCACGCGACCCGGCCCGGAGUCACGCGACCCGGCCCGUAGUCACGCGACCCGGCCCGGAGUCACGCGACCCGGCCCGGAGUCACGCGACCGGGCCCGGAGUCACGCGACCGGGCCCGGAGUCACGCGACCCGGCCCGGAGUCACGCGACCCGGCCCGGAGUCGCGCGACCCGGCCCGGAGCCGCGCGACCCGGCCCGGAGCGGCGUGACCCGGCCCGGAGUUAUGCGACCCGGCCCGGAGUGGCGUGACCCGGCCGCCUUGCAAACGGCGGUGGCGAGAUGUUAACUACCUCGCCUUGUAUACACCUGCUCUAUAUUUGGAGUUUGCAUGUUCGCCUCAUGGUCGCGUGGAUUUUUCUCCUUGUCCUCCGGUCUUCCCCUCCACAUUUUACAUAAAUACAUUUAGAGUAUUUGGCUACUGCUAUAAAUGUACAUGUGAUAAGCCUCUUCGUUGAGCUAUCAUUUGUAGCCAGAUUGCAUCUGUAAAUGAGCUGCAUAGCUGAGUGGGCCUUACCUGGUAAACUAAUAAUCGUUUAGUUCAUAGUUUAGUUGAGAGAUGUAAAAACUCCGUGCCCGCAUUCCCCAUCUUGUCAAAGGAACCUCCUUUGCUUUCUUUCAUUUGUCGUUUUUUUUCCAUUGGUGUCUUGUCAUGAGAUUAGGCUUGAUGCACCUUAAAGCACUGCUUAACCCAUUGUUAGAGAAUUGCCUGUGGAAGGUGAUAUCACAGAACAACUUCUGAGAUCCCUUAACGUGGCUUAGUCCCUUGACAGUCAAACACAAAUGUAUUUUUUUUAAUGAGCUGGAAUUUUAUUUUUCUAAAUUGGAAAACGUAAUUUGAUGUUUUUGUUGUUGGUGCAGUGAUUGGUAACCCAACUGAGACAACCAAUUGAAACACUAAGCCUGAUAAUCCAGUUCAAUCACGGGUGAGUGGAACCCAGCUUUAAAAGCAGAUGGCACGGCGAUCUCUGCAAUCUUUAUUUUUUUAGAUAAAGUAUCUCCCACUCCUCAAUCACUGGUCAACUAUAACGGUAGUUCCUCGUCGCUUGUGGAAAUUACAAAUUAGUGUUUCUGCAUAGAAGGGGUUGUGAUUUUUUUCUACCAUGUUGGUGCAGCCUCUUUAGGGAGGUGCUGGUUUUUUCCCAUUGGGCUAAUUGCUGAUGAUGAUGUUCGAGCUGAGAUUUAAACUGGCUCAUCUCACUCUCGUGAGACCUGCUGUUUAACCAAAUGAUGUAAGUUAUCUGGCUUUUAUACUUGGAGAAUACUUUUAAUUUUGUAAAUUAAUAGUUAAAGUAGUUCUUUAUUUUUGUACUUAUCGGUUUUUUUCAAAGUGUUGUUUUGUCAAGAUGGGAAUGGGACCCUGUGAAGAAUUUAACACUACCUACUCUAGAACAUGACUUGGCGACUAGAGAAAUAUUGGGAUAAGCUUACAUUUUUGGAGGUAUUUUCAAUGGUAUUGUAAGAAAGAAAUGUUUUUGCAGUCCUUAAGCCAUUAGUGUCGUGAAACAUUUCCACGCAAACCAUUGUAGCAUGGUGAGCUCUGCAAGUGUACUUGUGCAGGGCGUGUGGGGUGCACAGUGCCUUAGGAUGGCACUUAUAUGAGUUUGUUAAACCGGACCUCUGCCAUUGGGAUAUUACGAGUUUUAUUGCGUGUUGUUAGCCAUCUAUUUUACACUUUUACCUGAAAACAUGCUCUCUGAAACAAGCGUCAGGCUGAUAACCCAUAUGAGCUUCAUAAUUUGAGGCUCUAUGUUAUCUUAAUACAUUUCGCUAAAUGAAAGAACGGAACGGUGUACAAUUCGUGUUGGAAUUUUCCCCAAACAUUUGGAGCUCUGAACACAAUUCUGUGUAACUGCACCAAAGGGUGUUCAUUGUUUCCAGGCUGAUGAAAAAUGUUCGGAGGCACCAGGAAAAUUCAGGCAAACAAGUGAUCCCACCGCAGUGCUGGUCCACAUGUGCAAGGCAAGGCAUCCUAAAUUAUACCCAACUCAUGUUGGAGUAAUUCACUCUGCAGUUACCCUUCUGCCACACUGAGUAAUCGAUUCAAACAAUAAUACUUGUGACUUGUAAUUCAGGAAUGUAUUACUUGAAGAAAAAAACAACAGAAUAAAAAAAAUGUGUGCAGCUUUUGUAGGCGAACUCUUGGGAAAUGCUCGUGUUCCCCAGGAAAAUUGCUUAAGGCGACGACUGCUGGGCAGCUUGGCUGUUUUCUGCACUUGGGCGGCCAGGCGUUUGUUGGGCAGGUCUGCUGAGGACACGGACACAGCGCCCUGAAGUCCCCCGCGGCUGCGCAUGUGCAUUUUGACAUUGCGGGCAAUUUGAUACUGGCCAGGGCUUUGGAAACGCAGCAUAGCUAAUGCAGUAUCCCAUGCCACUACAGCAGGUGUGGCUGCCUUAGAUAUUGCCUUAGAUACUGCCUUGGAUAUUAAACACUGCAUCGGUAACUCUGGGUGACCCCACAAACCCCGGUUUCCACACGUGUGUGAAAAAGUGUCGCCUUGAAUUCUCAGCUCGACAUUUCACUCUGCCUGCUACUGACGCCUGUGGCUAAUACGCCUGCAUCGAUAAAAUGCUUCAGCAGUUAUGCAGUCAAGUUAAGCGAUAUCUGUAUGAAAGACUUUUCAACAACAACAACAAACACUGCAUUAAACAGUUGAAGCAACCGCGGGUAGUCGGUCCGCUUGUAAGAUUUAUAGCGAGUGGCGGAAUUCGUAUAAAUGAGCACAAUUUUGUAAGGGUCAAGGGGUCGUAAUAGUUUUUUUGGUAAAAAAAAUAAUUUCAACAUCUGGUUAGGGAGAUGUGGAAAAAUGGAAAAUUGUUAGCACUUCAUAAAAAAAUGCUUGUACUGAAAAUAGACAUUUUGUUAAAAGCAUUGGUAAACAAUACACCAAACUAAAGCAAUAACUUGAAUUUUUUUUUAGGGCUUCAGCGCUAUAACCAUGCGAGUCUCUAAACGGGUGCUUGCAUGUGUGUUUUUAUCCUGCGAAUUUAGAUGCAUGUCAUUAUUACCAUUUUGUAAUACGACUAUAUAUACACACACGUGUUUUGCUUAUCUUAUGAUUUUGAAAUGUGGUAUGAUUAAAUAUUUUGAAUAGGGUACUGAAAAUGUUGACGGUUUCUUGACCCCUGUUUCAUUAAACAGCGUUCCUUCUGUAAUGGGGUCUAUAGACACGAACAGCAAUACAGGGACUCCUCUACUUACGAACAUUCGACUUACGAAAUUUCAGAGAUGCGAACAAAGCUGCCCAUGUGUCCGGUUGCCUGUUCGGAUCGAGAGUCGUAAGUUCAACCGGUGGUGGCAUCUACAGGAGAUCAUACAACUUUUAAAGCCUUUCCCCGUGUUUAGUGUACAUGUCCCGUAACGACAUGUUUGGAAUCGACAGGGGUACUCAAGAACAAAUCGACUUACAAACAGACCUCUGUAUCCUAACUCGUCCGUAAGUAGAGGAGUCCCUGUAAUUACGGAACAUCAAUUCUGUAAAACUGCUGGAAAACAUUGGACAAGUCUGCCAUGGCGUGGAAGGGCCGCAUGGGACUGUACGGUAUGGAUAAAAGUUGACCCAUUGCUUGUAAUGAAUGCAGCAAAAAACUAACAUUUGUGUUUAUUUGAAUAUAAUUACAUUUUAUCAUCGCCUAUUUUGAAAAAAAAUAGCAAUAGAAAUAUGCGUGUUUCUUAAUAGGUAAGUGGUGUAUAAGGUGUGUGCACAGUUAAAUAACUUGUAAAUUAUGUGCUAAAUUUGUCGGCUUCAUGUUUGGGUGCAGUCUUGUAGGUAAUAGGAAUGUAACCAUUUACUCCAUCUAACAAUUUGCUACAAAUAAAGAUCACGCCUCAAUAAAAUCUCAAUUGUUUUU